GUGCUUGUGAAACGGAAUACACAAAAGUAUGGAUAUGGGAAACCAACAUCCUUCUAUGAGUAGGCUUCAGGAAAUCCAAAAGGAGGUAAAAAGCAUAGAACAGCAAGUACUCGGCUUCAGUGGUCUGUCAGAGGACAAGAAUUACAAGAAACUGGAGAGGAUGCUAACAAAGCAACUCUUUGAAAUAGACUCUGUAGACACUGAAGGAAAAGGAGACAUCCAGCAAGCCAGGAAGAGGGCCGCACAGGAGACAGAACGUCUCCUCAAGGAGUUGGAGCAAAACGCAAACCACCCACACCGAAUUGAAAUACAGAACAUUUUUAAGGAAGCCCAGUCCCUUGUGAGAGAGAAAAUUGUGCCAUUUUAUAGUGGAGGCAACUGUGUAACUGAUGAAUUUGAAGAAGGCAUCCAGGACAUCAUUCUGAGGCUGACACAUGUUAAAACUGGGGGGAAAAUCUCCUUGCGGAAGGCAAGGUAUCACACUUUGACCAAAAUCUGUGCAGUGCAAGAAAUCAUUGAAGACUGCACGAAGAGGCAGCCUUCCCUGCCGCUGUCUGAGGACGCACAUCCCUCUGUUGCCAAAAUCAACUCUGUGAUGUGUGAGGUGAACAAGGCCAGAGGUACCCUGAUUGCACUUCUGAUGGGGGUGGACAACAGUGAGACUUGCAGGCACUUGUCUUGUGUGCUUUCGGGGCUGAUGGCUGAUCUGGACGCUUUAGAUGUGUGCGAGGCCCUUGAGAAAAGAAAGCUGUUUGCUUGCGAGGAGCACCCAUCCCAUAAAGCUGUCUGGAAUGUCCUUGGAAACUUGUCGGAGAUCCAGGGGGAAGUUCUUUCUUUUGAUGGAAAUCGGACUGACAAGAACUACAUACGACUGGAGGAGCUGCUCACCAAGCAGCUGCUGGCCCUGGACGCGGUGGACCCGCAGGGAGAGGAGCGGUGUAAGGCUGCCCGGAAGCAGGCUGUGAAGCUGGCCCAGAACAUCCUCAGCUAUCUCGACCUGAAGUCCGACGAGUGGGAGUACUGAAUGCCAGAGCACAUGGCCGAAGUUGCUUGUUUUGCACUUCAUGGAUACUUAUUUAUCAAGAGCUUUUAUUUCACAGAGCACGUCUGUUGCUCAGUGCAUAUGUGGAUAUUUCAAUCUCAGUAUUUAUGAUUUAAGGAAAUUAUAUUCAGUGUCUCUGCUGCUUUUGAUGUUGCAAGAUGAAUGUCAUUACAGCACAUUAACCUUUCCAUUUGGGUCAUUAUCUGUAUGAAGUGGUGUUGUCUGUUUGGUUUGUCCCCUUCUUGUUUUGCGUUUUUAAUCAGAAAAUGAAAUAGGGAGCUUUUGCAAUUUUUAAAUGGGUUGUGAGCAUUAAAAUGCAGAUAUUUCAGAAUCUACAAAUAGACAUAACCUUACUAGAGAAAUUAUGAGGAAGGGAAAAAUUUUGGUUAAGUAGAAGUAAGGUUCAAACACAGAGGCAGUACAGUGAUAAGUUUUAUUGUGCUAAAUAAAACAAGGAUUUUUUUUUCACUUACAAAGCCUGAUUGGUCGCACCUAGUUUAGUGGGCUGGGUUUUUUUUUUUGUUUGGACAAUCUGUUCUUUUGUAGGCAGUGUCUGUAUUUUCCCCCAUACUCUGCACUUUAGAGAGGGGAUCUUAUUUUUGUGUGCAACAUAAGAAAAUUAUGAAAACUAAUAGCCAAAAAACCUUUGAGACAGCAUUGAAGAGAGGGGAUGAAGCACCAGCUAUUAGAUACCUUUAAAUUGUUGUUUUUGUUUGUAAAAUCUGAAUUUAUAAUCUUCCUUAGUGAGGAAUUAAUAAUUAGAUGGGAAUAUUUAAAUGAUGUUAAUGGACCUUAAAAAGAAAGAAACACCCAUUCCUGUAGCUGGAGAACGAAAACUGGAGAUCAGUUAUCACUGUCAGGUUACACUAAAACUAAGCGACGAGGUCUAAAUGCUGCGUGGAAUGGUUGUCUUCUGCCGUCCAAGGCUGUGUGAUGGACAAACGUCUUAAACACACCCAAUCCUGUUUUACAACCUAUGAGAGCAAAAACUGUCAGUAAGACAGAGGCCCUAGGCAUUUAUAGCUUUUCUAAGGACGUUAGCUGUUAACUUCAGCAUCUUAAAUAUCAUCUGUUCUGGGACUGAUUAGUAAAACCUGCUUGGAAUUAAAGGCUUGCUCUGGGUACCUGCUGAACUCCAUAGCUCAUGUUACUGGCAUGUGGAUAUUUCUCUGUUGCCUGAAAGAGCCAUUAAAGUCUAUCGUACAUGAUGUUUUUUUCUUCUGUUGGAGGGUGUCUAUUUCUGUAAAUACUUUCGGAGGACCCUGUUUUACAGUUGCCUGUUACUGCAAACAAAAGAAUUUCCCAAAAUUCUGAAGUGCCUUGAUAACAUGUUGGCCCCAGUGUUAUAACAGACUGCUCUACCUUUCACAAGGACGUCACCUUUCAUAAAAUACUCUUAUUAGCACACAUCUUUUGAACUCCAUGGUAGUUAUUCUCUUUCAGAGAUACUAAUUUUGUAACUUCCUGUAGGGAAAUUGUCACUUUAAACAGAUAGAAGUAUGAUAGACAAAGGAAUAGCCUUAAAUACCUAAGCACAGCGCUAAACAAAUCUUCACUUUGCCUCUCAGUAUUGCCCAAUCAUUAAAUGCCCUGGAUACCUUUUUUUUCCUACUGGAAAUGCUCUGAACCCAGUAGGUAGAGAGGUCAAAGGGCAGUUGGGGUCUUUGGGCAGUGAGCCCCUUUGACUGUCAGUCCAGCUCUUGGCAACUGUGGACUCUCAGUGCGGGUCAUUGGAAUUCUCAUUUUGGCUAACGUAGUUUUAGGAUUGCUUUUCUGUAUCAUAAUUUUAGAGUGCUCUUUAAUCUUGAAGAAUUUUUAAAUUAGAGCCCUGUCUUAAUAAUACCACUGGGAAAUCAAGGUUACACUAUAAUUACUUCAGGCGUACUCUUCACCAGGUUCUACUACUAAGUUUAAUUUCAUUUUGGAAAGUUGAAUGUCAGCAAUCCCUUUCAGAGUAUAUACUGUUCCUUGAAAGUAGAUUUCCCCGUCGUUCUCCUCCAAGAGGAAAUUGUUUUGUAUGCCUUGACAAGUUGCACCCUGCUGAGCUCGGAUCAUCGUGUGAGUACAAGAUGCUGGACUCUUCCACAGUCAUUUUGAAUUUUUUAUGUAGAUUACUUUUUGGUCAUUGAAAUGAUCAGAUUGACCUUUAGUGACAGUCGAGCAUGGUUUUGUUUCUAUUUUCAACCUGUUAUAGUUCCUUGUACCGGAUUAUUCUCCUGUAAUGAACCCUACUGAUAUCAGAUUUAGCUUUUCUUGUCCCUUACUGGGAGCUGUUUGUGUUAAUAUGGGUUGCCGCAUGUAAUUUUUAAAUUGGGCUCAUCAUACUGUAUUGUAUUUUUGUGAUCUUACAUGGAGAGAAUCUGAACUGCAAGUAAAACCUACUCCCCAAAAGUGUGGCCUUGGGUCUGCAUUAAAUGGUAUAAUCCAUGUUCGUACAAAAAAUGGCUGGGAAUGUUUGCUUUCUUUACCUUCUAUUCAGUCAGUAUUGCUUUCAGGUCAUUCUUUAUCCAGUUAGGUUAAAGACAGUUAACCUGUAAUGAAGUAGUUAUUAAAAUAAGUGCAUUGAAUAUGUCUACAAAAAAGUUUUAAUGCUUUAUUUUGCUAAAUAAAAUGCCUAUACAUUUGAUAUGAUUUAGUAUGCUUGAGAAGUUUAACCAGUUUUCUCAUUUGCUUUACUUUGCCAGUUUUUACCUGGUUUUUGAGGGUGUAAGCUCAUCAUGUAUGUGCAAACUUUUUAGCUUUUAACUGGUCAGGUAUUUUUCUUUUAAGAAUAACAAGAAAUACUUGCCAUUGAUUGUGACGUGUAAUACAGUUGUUUUACCAGCGUGUGUGUUCUUGUGCCCUCUCUAUUAACUAUAUGAUUAUUGUAAUAGUAUGUCUUAAAUAAUUCAAUGUUGUUUUGAGAUAUACAUUCUAGUUACCCUUAAUUAGUGAAAUAAAUCUCUUAGCUUAUCUUUGCAGUGGAGAAAGGC